AUGGGAUCCCUUGGUUGCAGCUUUUCCCCCAUCCCUCGCCUGAUGGUUAAGCCUACGAGCGACGUCAAGCAUACGCUUCGAAAUGCUUCUCCUUAUUACGAUACGUCGAACAAGCUCUUCGCGGCAUUUCUGUCUUCAGACAUGAGUUACUUGUGUGCACUCUGGUCUGGGGAUCAACAUAAGUCGCUAGGGUCUGCAGAGUGCUGGAAGGCGCACAAUAUCAUUGAAAAAGCGCAGAUCUCGGCCAGAGACCAUGUUUUGGACAUUGGAGGCGGAUGGGAUUUUUUGGCCAUCGAAAGAGUCAGACUUACAGCCUGCCAAGUCACUGCAAUCACCCUAUCUAAGGAACAGAAAGCGCUCGCAGAGGAGAAUAUUCGGCGCGCAGGCCUGACGGACUAG